GCGGUGCCGGCGCCGGCGGCCCCGAGAGCUCCGCGGCGCGUCCCCCUCCAAUCGCGGCCCCGGGGCGGGGCCCGGCGGUGACAUUGAGGGGCGCCGAGCAGGGCCGAGGCAGCGCCAUGUGGGGCCGCGCCGAUAGGGCUGUUAAACUGCUGGGAAGAAAUAUUCCUUCAAUUCUGAGGAUGACCGAAGGAGUGGAUCUGAAGAUAAGCAGAAGGCUUUGCAUUAAACCCCAGGAAGAAAGUCAUCUUCAGUCAAAGAGUCAAUCUCCUUUGAGGGUGCCUGGAUACAAGCCUACAGACUGGGAGAAAAGAUUUUUGUUGUGGGCAGGCCAUUUCAAGAAACCAGAGGACAUACCAGAGACUGUCUCGAUUGAAACGAUCAGAGCAGCAAAGACCACACUGCGUGUGAAGUUCAGCUAUGUAAUGAUUGCCUUGACAAUAGUGGGAUGCAUCAUCAUGGUGAUUAGAGGGAAGCAGGCUGUAAAAAGACAUGAAACUCUUACAAACAUAAACUUGGAGAAGAAAGCCCAGUGGAGAGAGGAAAGGACUGCGUCUGCUAAACCUUAGAAGAGGAAAUGAAGAGCAAGGACUGGGGAAGAAAAUCCAAGUCCGUUUCAGCACUGGAAGGAGGAUAUAGUCACAUCUUUCCUGUAUGUUAGUUCUGUACACUCACGUUCAAGAAAGAAUGAAUACAUUAUCCUUUAAUAAUUAAACCCAGAAAUACCUA